UGGGGCAUUAUUACGUAAAUAGUGUAGUUUUGUUUUCAGAAUACAGAAGCCGUGAGCUAUAUAUGCAUGAAAACUUUGAAUUUCGCAAAAGUAUUCACAGCAGCACAAAAUCCAACGCAUUAAAUCCCUUCUAACAAGUGAUAUUGCGCCUGGAGCUGCCGUUGUACUUUGUACCCGAGAGAGAAAAAGACUUUGGCAAGGUAAACGUCAAGCAGGCAGUUUGACUGCUGUCACGUGAAAUUCUGGAAAACGAACGGAAGUAGUUUUCCGGGUUGUGGCAGUCUGCCGUCUUGUUGCUGUGUUUCUUCAACAUACAUGUAGAGAGAGAGGGUGCUUGGGGUAAACAUUGUGGGUUUGUGGCUAGAUUGUGAGUUACAUGCAAUAAAAAAAAGUGAGGGUUUGGGGUUAAAAUAAUAUUGAAUCCAGAGGACCCUGUUCACUGUUGGAAGUGCUAAGAAGACGCGGCGAGUGGAGCGGGGCCCUGGCCAAUUGAGCAAGCUGCCCGGGCUUGUUGACUGACAUCAGGCAGCCUGACCCGCCCCUAUCCGAGCCCGCAGGUAGCAGCGGAGACCUCCGCGUCCGUGUGAGCACAGCGGCGUUUAUCAGAUCUGACAGGGAGGGAAAGAACUGGACCUUUGGUCGGCUUCUGGGACGGUGUCUGUGGACAUGAGUAGCACCGUGAGGAUACUGAGAAGUUGGUGAUAGUGUGGGAAUGGAGAUUCUGCUGAACUUUCAUUGUAAUUCGCCUGCCCAUUCCCACACUGACAUGUCUGCCCUCAGCCUCCUCCACUGCCAGAGUGAGGCCAAAUGUGUACGAGAAGAACGGCACCUCAUAAUCCACCUGGGCAGUCUACAACCCAAUGGCAUGAACAUUGAAUUCUCCAAUUUCAGUUAUUGCCGAGGUUGAUUUGAUGGUUCGCUUGCUACAACAGAAAAACAGGUUCACGAGGCAAUUACUGAAUAUUGCAUCAUGCUGAAAAGUUGCCCACAAUCUUCUCAAGAAUGUGCAAAUUCUUCACAGAACAGACCAGAGGAAAAUGAUGAAACAGAUAGCGAGAGUUCUCUUUCAAAAUCACAGAUCACAUCAUUUGACCUUUACGGGGCAGUGCCAGGGAAUUGCUGCUCCAGUGAUCAUUUCAGACAUCUCUCACAGUCCCCAGCAUGUUCUGAUACCUUUUCUAAAGGCAUUGACAGUACUUGUGCUGGUGCUCCAUUUCACCAUGUGAAUAACUGUUGCAGUUCCUCUGCAGGACAUGUUGGAAAUUGGCACGGUCCUUCUGCAGCCAUCUUGAUGGGAGAUUAUAGUUUUGUAUCUGAUGACAACUUGUCGCCAAGUGCCAGCAUGACUAAUUCACCACAGAAUGGAAGCACACCGCCAUCAAUGGUCUCAUCAUAUGGCACACUUGGACUAACGCAUCUUGAACCAGGGCUUCCUUUGCGGUCUUAUCAAGUUCAACCACCCAGUCCUUUCUUGCAACAGAGCCCUUGCCGACCUGGCGUUUCUGUGUACGUUCCAGAACCUCGUCGUUUUCCUCCUGUACCGCCUGGCAGAGUAGACCACAACCCUUUUGGGACACCAGGUUUUAUUCCUCCAAAUGGUCCUGGAAAUUUUUCUUUACAGAGGCCACUUGCUCCCACAGAUCCAGUAAAUACAAAUGUGCCACUCAGCGUGCCACUUCCCCGUGAACAGAGAAAAGUCUUUGUGACGUAUGCAACAGAUAAUGACAAGCAUGUUGGGGAAGUCAUCAACUUUGUUGCUUUAUUGAUCAGGAAUGGAUUUGAAACUCAGAUUGAUAUAUUUGAGCAGCAAUUCAGAAGUAUAAACAAAAUUGACUGGAUGGAAAGAUACAUCAAUGAUAAAGGAUACCUGAUCAUUAUCAUCAUCAGCCCUAAGUACUAUGAAGCCGUUACAUCUCAGAACUUUGACAUAAAAAAUGAUGAACAUUCUUUGAAUUCUGUCUUUAUUUAUAAACAGCUGCAAAAUGAAUUCAUUCAGAAUGGAAGCAAGAAUUUCAGAUUUGUUCCCAUUAUUUUUCCAGGCGCCUGCAUGAAACAUGUUCCUUCAUGGCUUCAAAAUACACAUGUCUACAAUUGGCCAGUGCAGAGCCAAGAUAUUCUACGACGAUUGAUGCGUUUGGAAAAGUACAACCCACCUCCAGUUGGUGAACUUCCUACCAUUAUUCAGAAAUCUAUUUAAUGAGGUUUCAUCUUGCUGCUAUAAUGUCAUAAAACAUACAUGUGCUAGUUAAGUCCCAUUCAUUAUCUUUUCAUGUUUUGUAAGUCCUGUGGCAAUUGAUAGCCAAUUCGCUAGGGUCUGGUAACUCUGAUUUUGAUGAGUUACUCACUUCAGAAUAUUUCAGAAUCUUUUUUUAAAUUUGCUUCACUUUGACAUGGAUGUACAUUUGAUAUGAACAUAAUUCACCUUCAAGAGAAGGCGGAUGGUAAAAUCAGAAGAGAUUUUCAAACAUUAAUCUGACUUUGAAUUUAGAAUGUUACUUUCCAUGUUGAGGCUUCUUUUUCCAGCCAUGUUCGCUAUUACAGUCAGUGAGCGGAGUGUUGGAUUAUAGAUUGCUCUGAUCAAUGAUUAAAUGGCCGAAGUAAUUGUAAACAAAAUCAGAACUGUUGAUUAAAUAACUGAGUUUGCACAAAAGAGUGUGUUUUAAUCUGAUACAAAGAACAUAUUUGGCAUUGAUGUCUCUGAGAAUGGAAAAUGGCAAAUGCUUGUUCCCAUCCCAGCUGGCUGCAAUAAUGGGCAGUAAAAAUGAUUUGGAACUGUUUAUGUCCCCGAUGUCAUCUCAACUAUGGUGUGAUUAUCGCCUUUUGUGAAACACUGGAGCAGAAUAGUACAUUUCUUGGUGAAAUCCUUGAAUCUAUUAAAUCACUUGCUGUUUAAUUUGCAUAAGUGAGUAUUUUUCAAAAAAAACUACAGAAACUUCUAAAAUUGAGGUUUAAAUAAAAUAAUCUUUUACCUGGAAAGUGAUUUAAGAGCUCUUUAUAUUUAGAUACUUGAAUAAUUUCCAAACUUGCCACCUUGCCAUAUUUUGCCCAUGUCUUUAUAGUUUGUUUUAUGUAUUUUGUUUAUAAAACCAUCCUUUAUUGACUUUUAAUAUGACAUUUUUACAUGGUUACAGGGAUGUGACAUGUAUUUUAUGUGGAUUUAAAGCUCAAGUCUCUGGAGUGAAUAUGCUCCUAAUUUUUUUUUAAUUUGGAUGCGACAAGGCCAACAUUUAUUGUCCAUCCCUCAUUGCUGAUGAGAAGGUAGUGGUGAACUACUACAAUGCUUCUGGUGAAGAUGCUCUCACUAUGUUGUUGGGUAGGGGUAGUGAUGAUGAAAGAACUUUGGUGGUGUGACCUUUGUAAAUUGCUAAUACAUCAGGGCUGUCACCUUGUCCACAUAGACAUGUGACAUACUUUGUGUGGUAAUGAACAAUAAAGGCCAGCAUCAAUUGCAUGGUCGAAAAUGGGACUUGGGAUGAAAUGGCCUGUGGGGACCCAAUAACUCAUCUGCAGUGGCAAUGCAAACACAAUAACUCAUUCAUGUCCUUGUGGGCAUAAAGUGUUUUAUAUCCUGCUUUCCUGACUUGGUUAGUGACACCUCCCUCAAAGUACUUUUUCUUAAUUAUUGAACGAGAAUAGCCUUGAGCUUGAUUUGAGGUCCAAGUGUUGUUGAACCAUGCACUAAUACUCGGGAACUAAAUUUGCACUUGAAACUUGAGAAACAUCCCAGCAUAACUUGUGUUCAUGGAGUGGGGGAAAGGCAAUGGCAGUGGAGUAAAGUCACAACCAACCAUGGCAGUUUAUAAAUACAGAAACUGCAGGUAGCUGUUUAAAUUUGACCAUGUUUGGAGAGAAACAUUAAACACACACUGUGCUCAAAUGUGCAUGACCUUUACAUGCUUACUGAUUAUCGGAGAGAGGAAAGUGGGGGCUGUGCCCUGCAUGCCCACCUUUGCCUGCCCCUGAUGUACAGGAACAAACUGUUUUAGCAUAGCCAUACAAAAUUCACUGUCUGAAUUGUUUUUGAACUCUGCAUUAAAUAUAAGUACAAAACAACUUAAUAUGUUUAGUUGGUACUACUUGUUUUGCGAUCCAGUUUUCUGUUUCUACCAACCAGAUGAUGGUUGUUAAAAGUAUAAUGUAUUUAUGAUGGUGUCAUGUACUACCACAGUGCAUUCUCACUGAGGUCCUAAAUUGGGAGCCAUGAAGCUGAAUUCAGAAACUACCUGAUACUCCAGCAUAAAAUUGCAUUAUCUAUAUACAGCAAGAAUUGUAUCUAUUUUCCAUCUUUCCUACAAUUGUUAUCUGGCUUGCAAGGAAGAGAAAGCAGAAAACUCAUACUCUUGCUCGUAAUUCUUUGGUGAAUCUAGCUGACAACAUUUUGUAGUUGUAUCAUUGCAAACUAUCUUUUACUGCAAAAUCUGAUGGAAUUUGACCAACAUAAAAUAGCCAUGGGAAAUGUUACUCUAAUGCAGUUUUUGCUUAUGUAAUGAAAUGUAAUGUCUGUUGUUUAAUUCUUGACAACUUGGUAUUAUUUGUUUGUGCUUCAAAAUCGGAUAAUUACAGUCAUGUUCUCCAAAAGUUGUAUUUUGUUGUACUGGGUUUAAUAAAUCUAUAUUCUU